CGUUUUGACGGGCGGCGCGUCCCCGCCAAUGGGCGGCGGUGACGCCGGGAGGCUGCAGCCAAUCGGCGGCGCUCGCGGGGGAGCGGGCGGGGCGCGGCGCGGCGCGGCGGAGGAGGAGCGUGACGUGCCGUGACGUGCCGUGCGGCGGGCGGCGGGCAGCGCCAGGCGACGCCAUCGCGGCCCCGGCGGGCGCGGAAGACGCAGCGGUGGUGGCGGCGGCGCGGGCUGGGCCGCGGCCGCCGAGCCCGAGCCGGGGGGCGAGCGCCGGGGGGCCGCUGCCGCCGCUGCCGCCCUUCUCCUCCUCCUCCUCCCGCCGGCGCCAUUUUGUGAGAGUGCCUCGAGCGGGCGCCAUGUUUGUAAGGAAGAAUUAGGGCAGGCAUCUCCGGCCACCAGCACCUCCCUUCCCCCGUGUGUGUGUCCUCUCGUUCUGCCCCGGGCCUGCUCCUCCGAGCCGCCGCCGCCGCCGCCUUCCUCCGCCUCCCGCCCGCGCGGGGCGGCCGGGCUCGGCCGGUGCUGCCCGCACCGAGCGCCCGUUAGUGUCCCACUAAGUAACCGUGAGUGAAACCUUCAUCAUCUCUCCUCACUGAAGGGACCCGACCCUCCUCACCGAGCCGCCCCCAGCGCGGCCGUGCGCGCCGCCGCCGCCGCUCCCAGCCCGGGCAGUGCCCUGCCUGCCUCCUCCUCCUCACACCACUGCACUAUGGCCUUUGAGAGCCUGUUCUCCAAAGCCCCAAACCCAGUCCUUGACCCACACAUGCCCGACUCUGACAGGCAACAUGCAGGGGACGAAAGAGAAGAUGGAGAGCUCGAAGAUGGGGAAAUAGAUGAUGCAGCAUACGAAGAUGUGAAAGAGCAUGGUACUAAAGGUGACGACAAACAGAAAAAUGAAAAAGGACAUAGAAAAUCCCGGAAGAAACGCAAAAAAGAGAAAGAAAAGAAAAAAUCGAAAAGGAGAAGGCGGGAUAAGCAUAAGCAUAACUCCCCUUCCAGCGACGACAGUUCCGACUACAGCCAUGACUCCGACAUGGAGCGCACUGAAAGGCCCCACAAGAAGAGCAGCAGCUCUUCCUACAGAGAUUACGAUUCCUCCUUCAGUCAGCACGGGCAUGUAUCCGGCAAUUACAUGAGUUCCCAGAAAAUGCAACAUAAAAAAAAUGUAAAAAGUAAGGAGUAUGACGACUAUAGCCAUUACAGCGACGAAAACUUCGGGAAUUAUAAUGAGGAAGAAAAGGAUGAAGAUUUUGCUGAUCAGCUUAAACAAUACCGGCAAGCUAAAGAGACCUCCAGUUCGGAUUUGGGACCGCCGUUCCCGAAAGAACCAGUCAAAAAACAGGGCAUGAAAGGGCUCCAGAAAGGUAUUUCUCAAAGAGGCAACAAUUACAACGUUGGCCGAGGGCGUGGAAUGCAGAAGAAAUUGAAGCGUAAAGAUCGUGGAAGGGGCCGAGGGGGCAAUAAGGGGUCUGAUGGCUUUCACGAGGACGGCAAACCGGUGAAGAAAUGGGUGAAUAUGAGCCAGGAGUUCAUCAAUCAGCAUACAGUGGAACACAAAGGCAAACAGAUUUGUAAAUAUUUCCUGGAAGGGAGGUGUAUUAAGGGAGAGCAGUGUAAAUUUGAUCACGAUGCAGAGAUUGAGAAGAAGAAGGAAAUCUGCAAGUUUUACAUACAGGGUUACUGCACCAAAGGAGAGAACUGCAUUUAUUUGCACAAUGAGUUCCCGUGCAAGUUCUACCACACGGGAGCAAAGUGCUACCAAGGAGACAAGUGCAAAUUCUCUCACGCUCCCCUGACUGCAGAAACAAAAGAGCUGCUGGACAAGGUUUUGAAUAACGAGGAGGAACCACAAAAUGAAGACGAGAAGGAACUGGAGGAGCUCAGAAAGCGGGGAAUAGUUCCGCUCCCGAAGCCGCCCCCGGGCGUCGGGCUCCUGCCCACCCCCGCAGAGCAGUAUCCCUUCUCCGAGUCCGACAUGGAAAAUUACCAAGAUCCGUCGGGAGAAUACAAGAAAAUCCCGUCUCUCUUUGAAAUAGUUGUGAAGCCCACCGUGGAUCUGGCACACAAAAUUGGAAAAAAGCCACCGACCUUCUACAACAGCUCCUCGCCGCCCAGACCCCCGUUCCAGGGGAACGACCCCCAUUCUCAGCACAUGUACAAUCCAGGUUCCAGUCCCGGGCCGGGCCCUGGCAUGUCCCAGGGCCACAACGGGCCCCCCAUGCACCCGGGCUCUCCCGGCCACCACCCGUGUCCCCAGGGCAUGCCGCAGAGCCCCCCCAUGCAGGGCGUCCCCCCCGGCUUCCUGGGCCCGCAGGGCCAGGGCGGGAUGCCCAUGCAGGGGCAGCAAGGGGGGCCGCCGCUCACACCGCCGGGGCUCGGCGGCUCCUACAACGCCCCAGGGGUCCAGGGGCACAUGGUGAACAUGCCGAGGGAGAAUCACUGUCCCCCGGGGCCACAGUACCAGCAGAUGCCCGGGGAGCGGCAGCCCAACAUGAACUACGAGCCCAUCCAGAACCCGGCUGAUUUCUACGACAAUUACUACUCUCAUCAAGCCGUGCAUAACUUCCAGCCAGCUAAUAACUCUGGUGAUGGAACGUGGCACGGGGAGUUCACAGACCACCAGGCGCACCUCAUGGGCCAGGAGCCGCACCAGGGCGGGGGCGAGGCGGACUGCAUGGGCAGCCACAUGGGCCACAAGGCCGCCAUGGGCGUCCCCGAUUUCCUGCCCGCCAUGCAGAAAGCGCUGUACGCCAGGCUCAGCCACAAGCACCCCCGCGACGGGGACGCCGGCAGCAGCCAGGGCCAGCGCGCCAUGAGCAAGGACGAAGAUGACAACGUCAACUGGUAUUCCAGCAGCGAAGAGGAAGAGGGCAGCAGCGUUAAAUCGAUACUGAAAACCCUGAAGAAGCAAAGCGAAAACUUCCGGAACCGCCAGCAACAUUCCGCAGAGCAGCACAUGCUGGGCAUUCCCACCGACCCCCGGCUGGCCAAAGACAAGGGCCCCGGGGCGCAGGCUGCCGACCCGCGCCUCCGCGCCUCCCCGCGCCCCAACGCCCGCAAACCCACGGAGCCCGCGGCCCUGGACCCGCGGCUGGCGCGGGACCCGCGCGUGCACAAAGCGGGCGAGGGGGCACACGCCAGCGCGGCCCUGGGGGCGGCCAAGCUGGAGCUGCACCACGCCGGGGCCAAGGCCAAGCAGAAGGGGAUGGAGGACGACGAGGAGGAUUCGGAGCGGGAGCUGCGGGAGCGGGCGUUCCUCAUCCCGCUGGAGCCGCUGCCCGGGGUCACGCUGCGGGAUCCGCGCUCGCAGCUGCGCCAGUUCAGCCACAUCAAGAUGGACGUGACGCUGAUGAAACCCAACUUCGCCAAGCACAUCGUGUGGGCGCCCGAGGAUUUGCUCCCCAUACCGUUGCCUAAGCCCGACCCCGUCUCUUCAAUCAAUUUACCUCUCCCUCCGCUCAUCGCUGACCAGAGACUGAAUAAGCUGCGGAAUUUGAAAAACGAUCCCCACCCAAACGCGAUGCCCGCCGACCCGCGACUGGCCGCCAAGGCAAAAAACAGCUUAGCGGGCCGCGGCGGCUACUUGGAUCCCUCCGCGGAUUCGCACGCCAGUAGCUCCAGCAAAUUAGGAGACCCUCGCUUACAGAAAAACGUGGAUCCCAGGCUCCACAGACUGUCGAGCACAGACACGCAUCACGGAGUCGCAAAGGAUCCGCACCCUCCCAAGUUUGACCCCCGCCUCGCCAGAUCCGCCGGCUCCUCGCAGCCCUCGGAAGCCGCCGCCAAACCCGACCCCGACGCUCUGCCCCCCUACGCGCCCAAAUUGUCCUCCAGUGGGGUCCGGCUGGGGACCCCGGGCUCCAUCCUGAGCGGGAUUAGUUUGUACGAUCCCAGAGAUCACAGCUCGUCCUCGGACGCGGCUCCGGCUACGUCGGGAGAGAACGGGGAGAACCAGAAAAAAAGUAUUUUGAAAAAUUCGGGUAAAAGCGAAGCCGGUCUCUCGGAAGAUCCGUCGCUGCAGAAAACCGCCUCCAACGCCGAGAAAAACCCCGAAGGAUCGGCGGAAGCUCCUGCUCCGGAGAAAGCGGGCGGCGGCGGUAAAUCUCAGGCCAAGCAGUCGAGCGCGGCGCCCGCGGUGCACAACCUGCCGAUCCAGGCGCUGUCGGGGCUGAUCCGGCCGCAGUACAGCGACCCGCGGCAGGUGCGGCCGCCCGGGCAGGCGGCGCAGCCCCCGGAGAGCGAUCCCAACGGGGAGUCGGAUGAUAAGUCCCUAAAAGAUGUUUUCAAGACUUUCGAUCCCACCGCUUCACCGUUUUGUUAGCAGUUGAUUUUAAGUCUUUUUACUGUUGUGAAUAUUGCAGUUUUCUGCUGUUUUGUAACUGGUUUACCUCUUUGCUUUAUUUAUUUUUAAAUUAUAAUUAUCAACACUUUUCAGCUGCUAAUCUCAGAACCACAUGCAGUUCUACAGUAUGCUAUAGUGUUUGCAAAGCUGUGGUAUUUUCUAUAUAAUACUUUUUCCAAUUUCAGGGAGACUAAUAAUUGACAUGUAGAAACACCCCCCUCCACGUAUCGUGUUAGAGCUGAGAAAAGCACUUUCAUUGUAAAUACGUCAUCCCGAAAGUCCGAAGAGCUGUAUAUGUGUGAGCUGUCUCUUUCAUAACCGACAUUUAGAUAUGAUCGCGGCAUUUGUAUGAUUGUAUAGAUACAAGCAAUAUUAUGUACAUUAAUUACUGUGAGAGGCGCUGUGUGACAAGGAUUGUCCGACGCAUCAAGCCAAACCUACGCACGGAUGGAAAACCCGCAGAAAUGAUGUGAAAGGAAAACGUCGAUCCUCCUUUUCUGAUCAGUCGAUGUCCCGCAUUGACAGUUUUUACUCAUGCAGUCAAUAUUCUUAGUGUAAAAGAGACCUAUAUCGCAUAUUGAGGAUUAAAAAUGUCAUAUCUUUUAAAAGUAUUUUAUUCUAUGCUGUAUAUAGAAGAAAUUGUGAAGUACAUAACUAGCAGAAAGUUACUGUUAAAAGUGGAGAAUACCUAAGGUGUCUAAUACAAAAAAGGUUUUUAUUUAAUUUUUUCACGCAUACACAAUUCUGAUUAGUGCUAUAAGUUACAUUGUGGUGUUCAUGUAUUUCAAUGUAUUUUUGUAUUCAGCUGCUUAAUUUGUAUUGCUUUUUUUGUAUUGAUGUAACUGCAGUACUUGUAUUCAUGGUGUCUUUAUGACAUUUUUAACAAAAAAAUUAAAAAGGGUACAGCUAAA